AACCCACAAUGCAAAGGGGGACGUGACAUCACUCUCCUCGGCACCGGUCUGCUGCCAGUCUGCCCGAAUCUGCAACAGACAGCCGAGGAUUUCCAGGCGGGUUAUCCCGGCUCGUUACGGCUUUAUACCAUCGAAACGGAGGUUUCAGUUUGUUUAAAUGGCGAAAACGUACGAUUACCUGUUUAAACUGUUGCUCAUCGGAGACAGUGGAGUCGGCAAGACAUGUCUGCUGUUCAGAUUCAGCGAGGACUCCUUCAACACCACCUUCAUAUCCACAAUAGGAAUAGACUUCAAAAUCAGAACGAUAGAGCUGGAUGGAAAGAGAGUCAAACUUCAGAUCUGGGAUACUGCAGGGCAGGAGAGGUUUCGCACCAUCACUACAGCUUACUAUAGAGGAGCCAUGGGUAUCAUGCUGGUCUAUGACAUUAGCAAUGAGAAGUCCUUUGAGAACAUAAAAAACUGGAUUAGAAACAUUGAAGAGCAUGCCUCAUCUGACGUGGAGAAGAUGAUCCUCGGCAACAAAUGUGACAUGACUGACAGGAGACAGGUGUCUAAAGACAGAGGUGAAAAACUUGCUAUUGAUUAUGGAGUGAAGUUCUUGGAAACCAGUGCAAAGUCUAGCUUAAAUGUAGAAGAGGCUUUUUACACCAUGGGGAGAGACAUAUUACAUAAUCUGAGCUCAAAGACGACUGACAACAACGCCGGAGGAUCGGGCAAACCGGUCAAGAUCACGGAGAAGAAGUCGAAGAGAAUUAAAUUCUUCAAGUGUUCGCUCCUCUAGGGUGCUUGUCCCUAGUGUUCACGUUUCCAGCGUGGCCUUCGUGUUUUUGGAGGGUUCCUGCCUCUCGGAGUUUCUUCUCAGCAGCAGCAGCACUGGUCAUAAUAAUCAGAGGACCUUACUGCCAGCUGAAGUUACAGGUUCAUGGCUGAAUGAGACCCUGAUCUGCUGACCAGAAGAGGAUCAAUGAGGAAUGAGGCCUGAUACUUUAUAUCUGCUCAUGCAAAAGACUAGUUCGUGACCAACAGCAGUGGUUUGUAGCUUGACCUGCAGUGCCUGCUCUCAGUAGGCAGCGAUUCUCCUGGCAUUUAUACCACCUCUGUUGGAUCUCAUCAAAAUGUCUCAAUUGCACACAGUUGUCUUAUAUAUUAGAAGAGAAAAAGAGAAAACAUACCAUUCAGAUACUUUCAUAUAUUGUAGCAUCAUUUUAUACACACUACCUAUUGUCAUAUUUGCUAUGAUGACUCUGUGAGAUGAACAUAUCAAGUCUCAGCAUUGAUUGUAUUUAUCCGUGUGAAUUCGUGUAUAUUACUAAGCUUAUCGUCUGAAGUCGCACUGGCAUCAUUUCUAUUUGUUCAUGUGUGCCUAGAAGGAGUCACAGUAUUGUGAUAGAAAAAAAAUGUAUAAAUACAACCUACUGUAUGCUCUUUUUUUAUUUAUUCCUUUUUAUUGGAACCUUCAUUUAUACAGGAUUCUGUGUCAACAUGAAACUGUGGAAGGGUUGUUUGUUUCUUUGAAGCUGUACUUAAUACAUAUUGUUAUACAAUUGUCAGUAUUUGCAUGAAAACUGUAGAGGGACCUCUGAGGGGUCAGUGUUACGCAUCUGAAAAAGUGUUUACAGGCAGUAUUUGAAUAUCUAUAGGAAGUUCAUUUUGUUCGCUGUUCACACUGUAUAUGUCAGCACAAUUAACUGGGUUAAUACUUUAUUUCCUCCUGGAGCUGUAGAGAGCCGACAGGUCCCCUUUACAUAUCCAACAUAAAAACACAAUGACUGGGGAAAGCUGUAAUGUGAAUGAUUGUCUUUGUAAGCUACUGUAAGUUACACCAAUGAAAAGUAAAGAAAGUGGAUCUUUA